AUGCCUCAAAACGAAUAUAUUGAGCAACACAUUAAACAACAUGGUAGAAGAUUCGACCAUGAAGAAAGGCAGAGAAAGAAGAAAGCAAGAGAGGGCCACAGAGUAGCUAAAGAUGCUCAAAACUUGAAGGGUUGGAGAGCUAAGCAAUUCGCCAAGAAGAGAUACAGUGAAAAGGUCUCAAUGAAAAAGAAGAUCAAGGCCCAUCAAGAAAGUAAGGUUAAGGGACCAUCAACACCUAAAGAGGAUGAAGGUGAAGCUUUGCCUACAUAUCUUUUGGAUCGUCAAACCAACAACACAGCUAAAGCGUUAUCAUCGAGUAUAAAGCAAAAGAGAUUAGAGAAGGCUGACAAGUUUUCAGUUCCGUUACCAAAAGUCAGAGGUAUCUCUGAAGAAGAAAUGUUCAAAGUGAUCAAAACAGGUAAGAAGAAGAGUAAGAGUUGGAAGAGAAUGAUUACAAAACAUACCUUUGUUGGGGAAGGAUUCACGAGAAGACCAGUCAAGAUGGAAAGAAUUAUCCGUCCUUCGGCAUUAAGACAAAAGAAAGCUAAUGUCACCCACCCCGAGUUGGGGGUCACGGUGUUUUUACCGAUUUUGGGAGUUAAGAAAAACCCACAAUCACCCAUGUACACCCAACUUGGAGUUUUAACUAGAGGUACCAUUAUAGAAGUAAAUGUCUCUGAAUUGGGAUUGGUCACUGCUGGUGGUAAAGUUGUUUGGGGUAAAUAUGCUCAAAUCACCAAUGAGCCGGACAGAGAUGGAUGUGUCAAUGCAGUGUUGUUAGUAUGA